AUGGCAGAAGCUCUGGGAGUAGCAGGCAUUGCCUACCCAAUCGCCAAGGACCUUGUAACACUUGCCCAGAAGAUGAAACGCGCUUACAAGAAAAUGCGCCAUGCGAAGGCCGAUGUCAAAGAAAUCAUGAAGAGAACUGAGACCGUUGCGUUGACAUAUAAUUUCUACCAAGACACAAUGGACGAGGCGAAGCAGAUUCCAGAACUGGAACCAAUGUUUAAGAAGCACCGCAAACUGAUGAGAAGGAUUACGACAGAAUCAAAACGGCUCAUUGACACGCUGGAGGACUUUGUUCAGUUCUUCUGGUUCGACCUCCAUGACAGCCCUGUUGAGCUUAUUGAAAGGUGGAUUUCCCGACUCGACUGGUAUAGGCAGAGCAGAAGAGUUAUUCCGCCGCUGUUCCAUCAACUCGGGGUAUUUGAAGGGUCGAUGAGGACAGUUGCGGCGCUUAUUGGUGUCCAGAUGGCACGACAAACGUACUUGAAAGCUCCAUCAAAUCUCAGCCUCGCCCAACUACAGUCGUUCAUGGCAAUGCUCAGAAUCGAUUUUGACAAACUCCAGAAAGCCCAGCGGGCGCAACAGCAGUUCUUUGAACAACAAAAAACAGCUUCACAUAAACCCAAUUCUGACCGAAAUCAUUUUGGGGAGAAGGUUAUACGCAGCUUGAAAAAAGAGAUAUCCCGCGUGCCAAACAAUCGGCCCCCAGAUAGCCCAUCCUCGAUGGACUCCACACCGCCCCUUUCAUCUCCUACUCCAGACCACCUGUCACGGCUUACUCCACCGUCCUCUCCCCCGAGCCAAGGGAGUGGAGAUGCAAUAUUUCCGACAGAAGUGGUAGAUUUAGCAGAGGACGAGGAGGCGCCUUCCGAACAAAAGACCUCCUCCGGCCCUGUGAGCGCCCCUCAUCCAUGGCAGAGAGCCUCGUCUCACCCAUCAUCUCCUAAACCACCCACUCCCCCUUCUCCCCCCUGCGGGUCGGGAACCGGAUCCGAGGAUGAAUCAUACUCUAACAAGAAAGACUAUAACGAAGCCGAGGAGCAACCGCUUGAGGGCUCAUACAUGGCCUUACCACCCUUUGGGCCUCCGCGUCUCUGCCCCCGACCAAAACCGGCGCGAGCUUCCACUGACUAUCUCAACCCUCCUGGCAGCGUGGAGGAUCGAACGGAUACCAUUUCCUCCCACAUCGCCGGACAUUCAUGGGAUAAGAAUAUCGGGUCGGAUUCCAGGCUAAGGCGACGAAAUGGAAGCACCAUAUCGGUUUACGGUAAUGAAGGUGAGGUGACCCCGACGCAUAAGACCGGAUCGGCUGGUCUACCACCAGGUGGCGUGCGCGAGAUAACCCGCAGGAGGCGUGACUAG